UGGGGGGCAGCGUUUGCAGAGGUGUUUAAGUCAGCGGGAGUUGUGUUAUGGCAAGGUGUAUUAGCAGAUGUACCGUGUGGUGGUGUCAAGUUAUGGGAAUGCAGUGCUGCAGAAUGCGCAGCGGUAGCGGGGGCGUUGGUUGCAGCCGGUGUUCUAGUGAUGUUUACUUGACAAGGCAUGCCGAAGGAUGCGGGAGUGCCAACAGGCGUACUGCUGGAGGGUCCUGUGUGUAUUGGUGUGUUGCUGGUUGCUUGGAUCGGAGUGGUGAGUGGCGCAAACGGGGAUGGUGUAGUGGCAAGUGCGCCGUGCGGUGGUGCGGGGCUGUGGGAGUGCGGCAAUGUAGUGCGUGCAGCGGUAGCAGAGGCGUUGGUUACAGUUGGCGUUCUAGUGGUGUUAGUUUGGCAAGGCGUGCUGGUGGCUGCAGGCGUGGAACCAGGAAUGCAGCCGGAUGGUCCUGUGUGCACUGGAGUGUUACCGGUUGUUUGGUUUGGUGUGGUGAGCGGCGCAGUUGAGGAAGGAGUGCAACCGAGCCUCAUUUGCCUACACCUUCUAAGCGAGUUGUCUUCAGCAUCGGCAUUGCGCCGCGUGUUUGCAGUUUGCGACAGUAAGCCUUCGGCGCCAGGUAGCAGCACGGCCGUGAACUUGUGUACGAAUGGAACGUAUCUGAAGUCCUCGUACUCCAGYAUUUCUGCUGCARAAAUCCUUCUGUUCUCKAUGAGGAGGUUCACARUCUUGAUYAUGUACYCUCUCAUGAAGACGAAGGAGAUCUGCGCAAGAAUGGCCUUUCUCCAUGUUGUACGUAGGAGUGCUUGGAAUUCAAGCAUCCUGAUCUUGUCGGAUGGAGCAAGCGGGUCGAUCUUGUCGAAAUUCCCGAUGAUGUACCAGAUCAUAUCUCUCGGUGAUGGAGACGUGUCCAGCGGUGUCAAUAUGCGAAGAAUCGUACCCGUGCAACUCGAGUAUGAUCUUUUCUGCCUUGGCUAUGAUGAGAUUGAGCUCUCUAUUCUCGAUUGCGGCUUUCCUGCAGGAUUCGGCGAUAUUGCUGGCGAGAUCUUGGAUUUUGGUGCGUUGGUGUGUAUCGUGAUGGACUAUCUAGUAGCAUAUCAUGACGUCGUGGAAGGCGAGACGAUCCUGAUAUUAGAGCGAACCCAUCAGCGCGACGCACCAGUGGAAAUGGAGCCAUGGGGGGCAUCAUCAGUGGGUCGAAGCCUGACGAGGUCGUAUGACGUAGAUGUGAAUGGCCACAUGGUCCUACGUGUAGGAGUAGGUUUCUCCUACCUUGAGGGUUCCUUCGUCACUCUACGUUUCUAUUUGCGUCGGUAUGGUGAACGUAUUCCUAUUGGGCGACCUGAGGAAGGAAGGGACCUGCUGCUUAACAUCCUAAGGGCUUUGGUGACGGCAAUCGCGGCAGAGCAUCGAGGGGACAUUGUGCCGACGGCGGGAUGGGGCGUGGCAAUUGGUGACCCCCUUUCUCGUCAAGAUUUGUGGGGGGAAAUCAAGGAGUACGAGGGUUAUCAGUGAUCGCAUAUGUGGAACUGCUUGUAGCGCUUAAUGUAAGCUGGAGCUACGUGAGGUUUCGUUAGUUUCGGGGUGAUGAACUUUUGGCCUAUACGUUUGAGAGUCAUCUAAAGAAGGACCGUCCAACCAAAGCACGCGUUUAAUAGCUAUUUUGAG